GGACUUGAAGUCUCCUUGAAUUCAGACCACCAUCAUCAACUAGUCGCCAGCAAGUUGGACGGCGUCGACACCGCGUGCAUCGUCGAGCAUACUGAAUAUGAGCAACGCUACUUGUCCUGACUACUUCCGGCGUCGAACGCUUGGUCGAGCGCCAUCACCUCCGACGUGGGCAUGCUACGAGCAAAUUCCCUACGACGACGGUUACAGCGACAGCGGAUCGGAGGAUAACUCCUGCUCCGAAGACGAAGAGGACUACGGGCGAUGCAUUCCGCGCGAUAGUGACUCUGAUGGUGAUCACUCUGUCGUUCACAGUGCUAAUCAAGAGUCCCGAGUCGACCGCGACAUGGAGAUAGAUGAGGGCGAUGAAGCUGCUCCUGAGGACAAACUCGCCGAACUUAAGAAGGAUGUAAAGGGCAAGCAACGUGCCAUUGAGCCUGAGCAUGAUAGCCCCAAGCGUCAGCUACACAGGAAGCACCGACAACCACAGAUUCCCCUUCGGCCUAUUCUGACUAUCCAGAGAAGUCAGGGCUUUGUUUGGAAUCAGGCAAGUACUCUGAAUGUUAUAUCAGAUAUAUGCUUACUAACUCUACUGCUUCGUAGGACCUGUUCGUGCCACCAUAUAUCAAGGAUAGAUGUUCGUUUCUCUUCCUUCGUCUCCCCAGUGUUUGAUCUGCUGACAUUACUUCACAUUUUCCUCGCGCCACAAAGACAUCGCUUCAACCUCACCUCCUAAUGCUGCCGGUUUUGUAUCCUCUUCUGUGUCAUCCGCGGCAUCCUCCAUGAUGGAGUACGAGGUCGAGGUUGUUGAGAUUCGAGUGGCUGAGGGCGAGUUGAAGGAAAUUAUUCCUUGAUGAGGUCUCUCUAGAUUGGUUCCGUUCUUCUCAUAUUCGAUCUUCGAGCUUCCUUCAUUCCCUUUCAGUUAGACUGCUCUCACCAUUCGCGCGGAACAAGUACCGCAAGUAUUGCUCACACUAGUUGUAUACUUCUUACCUUGCUUUUCCUUCCACUUUUGUAUCAUGCUAAGUACCGUCGGACUGUACUAUAAACCGUAUUCCAACAAAGAUUCCCAAGAGUGAGCGAU